CUAGCUCCUUGACUGAGCCGCAAAGGAAUGAUCCACCCAGCGCUGAUGUACCUCGCAACUCCAGUCUGCUUAAGGACGAACGAAUUUCUGGUCACUCGACAGAGUCAUCUACGUCGCCUCAGAUGCAAGCCAAAGAUUGGGUGCAGCGUCUGGAGGGUUUAAGUGGCAAGGCACGGCUGCCCCGAAGCGUGCAAGCAGUAUAUCUACGGCCGCUUCGUAGAAAGGCCGAAUAUGGUCUUCCAGUGUGUGAUCUCCAGCUGAGAUCAUACAGCGUUCGAAAUGUCGAAUUUUUCUCGGAUUUCGCUAUACGAGCUGCAUAUUACUUGGGUCUUCCGGUUUCUGGACCUGUACCUUUACCGCGUAUUGUCGAAAGAUGGACUGUGCCUCGGAGCAAUUUUGUUCAUAAGAAGAGCCAGGAAAACUUUGAGCGUAUAACCCUGCGUCGACUGAUUCAGGUCAAAGAUGGCAAUCCACAGACUGUCCAGGCGUGGCUGGCUUUUUUGAGGAAGUAUGCAUUUCAUGGAGUGGGUAUGAAAGCAAACAUGUGGGAAUACGACAGUCUCGAUGUCGUCGAGAACCUGGACAGAGCGGGUCCAGAAACUGAAAAGUCACUUGAAGGACUCCUUUCACAAUUCGGUCAAAGACAAGAUACAAAAUCGGACGAUUCUCUUGUUGGCCUCUUGAACAAAGACCACCUAGUCACAGUGAAGAGCCCCUUAGCAGAGGUCGGCGGGCGCUGACUAGUCCAGCAUACUUCCAUAUAAGGUGCUGCUUUAUUUGAUCUGUAUUACUAGACCUUGGAAUCUCUAUUACUUCUGCUUGGCGAUCUUGGGAGUAACUUGCAGUCCACACCAUCACAAACCAUUCUGUCUUGCCAUGGUCCUUAACCGGUCUCGCAAAUGCAAAUGAGAAUACACCAGUGACAUGACACCGUUGCCAUGGAUCCCCAGCUUACAAUCAUCUCAUUAGCCCCGUUUCCUUGUUUUCUUUGGUAGACUUUGC